GGAGGCGCCGCCAUUUUGGAUCCGCCGCCGCUCCCUGAGGUGAUGCCAGACCCACCCAAAGCCCCCCCAGAUUUGGGGUCUCUCCAGGAGCUGCGGAAAGCUCUGGAAGGUUCCCUGAGGCUGCGGCCGGCGCUGGCCGAGCCCCCGGAGCUGCUCCCGCUGCUGCGGCUGCCGCUGCCCCCCCAGGGGAAACUCGCCGUCCUCCCGGGGACACAAAUCCUCAGGGAAAACCUGCAAUGGGAUCCCCGGGGCCCCCCGCGGGGUCUGGACUCUCUCCGGAGGGCGCUGCAGAUCCUGGAGAAAUACGGACGGAACCUGCUCAGCCCCCGGCCCCCGCCCCACUGGAGAGGAGUUCGCUUCGGGAACCCCGUCUACAGAUCCACCCUGGCCCACAUCCAGGGAGGCCGGGCCGUGCUGAAGCUGCUGGGUUACACCGAGGAGUCGGGGGAGGGGCUGAGCUUCCCUCCCCCCCCCGCCGCGCCCCUCCCCCACCGCGUGGCCGCCGUCACCGCCGACGUCAUCCUGCUGCGGGCCGAGCUGGAGCUGCUGGCACUGAACCAGCACCCCAACCCCCAGUUCUUCACCCAGAUCUUACUGGGAGAGGAGGAGUUGCCGCUGGUGUCGGAUGCGCUGCCCAACCCCCCUGAGGCUCCCCCGGCCGCGGAUUCCGAGGAUUUCUGGGAAUGUCGGAGCUGCACAUUCCGGAACCCCUCCCCCCACGUGCUCUGCCAGGCCUGCGAGAGACCCCGGCUGGCACGGAGACCCACGGAAAGCCCCUCCCCCCCCCAGGCCUGGCCCUGCCCCCGCUGCACCUUCCUCAACCCAGGCCCCUCCCCCCGCUGUGACGUCUGCGGCUCUGACCCCGCCCACCGCGAUGACGUCAUCGCCGAGGCGGCCACGCCCACUUCCCGCAAAAAUCCGGUCGCUUCCGGGUUUAAAAAUGACACUUCCGGUUUUGGCCCCGCCACUUCCGGUGAGGUAACGAUCACUUCCGGGUGUGGCUCCGCCCCUUCCGGUGAGGUUAAGGUCACUUCCGGGUGUGGCUCCGCCCCUUCCGGUGAUGGCACAACCACUUCCGGGUGUGGCUCCGCCUCUUCCGGUGUGGAUAAAGGCACUUCCGGGCUAGGCCCCGCCCCCUCCCGUGAUGCUUUGCGGCAACGGAAGCUUCUGGAAGACGGACGGCGCCUGGUGGAGCUCGUGAGGGCCGCCCAAUCCCAAGGUCUCCCCCCGGAAUCUCUCGGCCCCUCCCCCCUCUCGGGAAUUCCGGAAGCUUCCGACGCCGCUUCCCGGAUCCGAAAAUUCCGGAGCCGCCUCGGCCCCGCCCUCAGGGCCCUUCAGGAGGCGGAGCCAGAGCCGGAAGUGGGCGGGGCUUCACUCGGAGCGUUCUCAUUGGUCGAAGCCGCCUGGGCGUGGCUGGAGGGGGAGGGGCAGCCGGAGCGGGCGCAACGCGCUCUGAUUGGCCGGAGGAGGCAGCAGCUAGCUCUCCUAUCCCGCCUGGGCUUUCCGGAAGUCUCCGCGGCGCCGGCGCUGCGACGUCACGGCGGCGACCAAUGGGAGGCGGCGCUGGAGCUGCAGCGGCUCAAGCUCCGCCCCUUCCUCUUACGUCACUUCCGGGGGGAGGAGCCAGCGCUGGACUUCAACCGGGACGACCAGCAGGCUCUCCUCCGCCAGAUCCUGGCCACUCUCCCCGUGGCCAGCUGGGGCCGGGCGUGGCUGGUGGCCGGGCUGGGCCGGGAGCUGGGACUGGGCCGGGUGGAGUCUCCCAGUUUGGAUCCUUUACUGGUUGAACUGGUGGAGGCGGUGGGGGCGUGUCCGGACCGGGCGGCGCUGAGGAGGCGGCUGCGCUGCGAGUGCGCCCUCUGCGGCUGGGGGCUGCCGAGGCAACUGAUGCAGUGGCUGCCCGGCUGCUCGUGCCCGCUGUGCCCCGAGUGUUUCCGGCUCCAUUUCACGGUGGGGCUGCGCGAGAGGGGCGUGGGGGCCCUGGGCUGCCCCAGCUGCGGCCGCCCCGACCUCAGGGACGAGGCCCAGCGCCUCUGCUACUGGUCCACGCUGGAGCCCGCGCUGCGGCGCUGCCUGGACCCCAACACCUUCGGCCUGGUGACCCGGAAGUUGGCGGAGCUGGAGCUGCUGAGGGACCCCCAGUUCCUGUGGUGCCCCCAUUGCUCCUUCGGGUUCAUCUUCGAGGCCGAGCGGGGCCCGGCCCGGUGUCCCCAGUGCCAGCAGAGCUGCUGCCCCCGCUGCCAGCUGCCGUGGGAGCCCCAGCACGGCUCCAUGUCCUGCUCCGAGUUCCGGGAUUGGAUCCGAUCCCGGGAGCCGACCCCGACCGGGCUGGGGGCGUUCCUGGGGGACACCGGCAUCGAGUGCCCCCGCUGCAGGCAGCGCUUCGCCCUGGCCCGGGGGGGUUGUUUGCAUUUCCAGUGCUCCCAGUGCCACCACCAGUUCUGCUCCGGCUGCGGGGCCCAGUUCCACCGGCCCGGGACCUGCCCCUCCCCCCAGUGCCCUUUGGGGGGGUCCCUGCACGGGCACCACCCCCGCGAUUGCCUCUUCUACCUGCGGGACUGGGCCCCGCCCCGCCUGCAGGAGCUGCUCAGGGCUGGGAACGUCGAGUUCGAGACGGAGCCGCCCCCUGAGGCCCCACCCAACCCCACUGGCCGGUGUCCGGUUCCGGAGCAGAAGGCGCUGGGGGCGACGUUCCGGGACGAGCCCUGCGGGAAGGAGACGGAGCCGGGACACGCCGGGCUCUGCCGCUCCCACUACACCGAGUACCUCGUCACCCUCAUCAACCUCCACGGCCUUGACCCCGCCCCCUUUUACCGGGGGGCGGAGCUUGAGGCGGCCGCUCUUCGUCACCUCCCGGCCGGAAGUGGGCGGAGCUUACCCGGAGAAAGCCCCGCCCACCGCGAGCUCCGCCUCCGCCGCCUAUUGGCCAAUCAGGCGCCGCUCAGGCCACGCCCACCCGCGCCUAAGCCACGCCCCCUAUGUUAAUGAGCAUUGCCUUAUAUGGGAAUAAUGAGCUUAUAUGGGAAUAAUGAGCUUAUAUG